UUAGAACAGUACAUACAACAAAACGAAGUCGUACUAGCUCUUCUGAGUUCUGUAUGCAGAUUUCAUUUGCCAGAAGCACUCUUCUGCGAUCUUCCAUUGACGCUCGGGAUCUUAGCAAGCCAAACCCACGCCUGACUCACCCCGACCCGCGUCGACCCGGUGAGUGACUCAGUCCCGUCAUUCACCCCGAGUCGCCGUCGCCAAUUCCACCGCGCAUUUCCAGAGAAAUGGUGGAUCCGGCGAAUACGCCACUUGGCAGAAUGCUUUUGGAAGAGAUCACUCCCGUUGUCAUGGUGCUCCGUACGCCCCUCGUCGAAGAAGCCUGCCUCAAGAACGGCCUCACCUUAGUCCAAAUGCUCAAGCCCUUCUGCGUCUUCAACAACAUCGACGUGCCUGUGCGGACUGCGAGUGAUCAACCCUACAGGCUUCAGAAGUUCGGAUUGCGGUUGUUUUAUGAGUUGGAUAUUCGGCAACCGAAUUUGGAGGUAGCAAAAGAGAGGUUGAAACAAGUCAUAAACCAGGCGGCGGAUAAAGAUCUUUCUGAAUUGUGCUCAGACCUGCCUCAGAUUGAUAAUGCAUUAUCCAUAUCGGAAUCUGAAGUUCUACCAUCAUGGUUUCAGUUUUUCAACAAAGAGCUUGUACAUAGCGUCUCUUUUUCAGACCAUGAAGCUUUUGAUCAUCCUGUGGCAUGUCUCGUUGUAGUUUCUUCAAAGGAUGAUCAGCCUAUCAACAGAUUUGUUGACCUCUUUAACACCAAGAAGUUGCCCUCCCUUCUUACUAAUGGGGCAAUGGACCCAAAGAUUUUGAAGCAUUAUUUGCUAGUGCAUGAUAAACAAGAUGGCCCUUUAGAGAAGGCAACUAAAAUUUUAACUGAAAUGAGGAGCACUUUUGGCUCUGACUGUCAGUUACUGUGCAUUAAUUCUUCUCAAGAUGGUGUGGUUGAACAUCAAGAUUAUCCCUGGGUGCUUUAUAAAUUUGAAGAUUUACCUAGUCAACCGCUUCGUUGCUUCCUUAAUGUUGAGGAUUUUAAUGAGAUAAAAGACCUGAUGCAAGAUUUAUCAACUAAACACAUUAUUCCCUACAUGGAGCAAAAAAUACGUUUGCUCAAUCAGCAGGUUGCUGCAACAAGGAAAGGUUUUAGGAACCAAAUAAAAAAUCUAUGGUGGAGAAAAGGAAAAGAUGAUGUGGUGGAUUCUCCCAGUGGCCCUACGUACACCUUUAACUCCAUUGAAUCCCAAAUUAGAGUUUUGGGUGAUUAUGCCUUCAUGCUACGUGAUUAUGAACUUGCAUUGUCGAAUUAUCGCCUAAUAUCCACAGAUUACAAGCUUGACAAAGCCUGGAAACGCUAUGCUGGCGUACAGGAAAUGAUGGGGCUUGCAUAUUUCAUGUCAGACCAGUCAAGAAAGGAUGCAGAGUAUUGCAUGGAAAACGCAUUUACUACCUAUUUAAAAGUUGCACCAUCUAGCCAGCAAAACGCAACUAGGUGUGGUCUUUGGUGGGUGGAGAUGUUGAAGGCACGACAUCAGUAUAAAGAGGCUGCAACUGUUUACUUCCGUGUUUGUACGGAGGAGCCACUGUAUUCCGCUGUAAUGCUUGAGCAAGCGUCUUAUUGUUACUUGCUGUCUAGACCACCUAUGUUGCACAAAUAUGGAUUUCAUCUUGUUCUUUCUGGUGACCGUUACAAGAAAUCUGAUCAGGUCAAACAUGCAAUUCGCACAUAUAGAGGUGCCAUGUCUGUGUAUACAGGAACUACGUGGAGCCAUAUCAAAGACCAUGUUCAUUUCCAUAUUGGACAGUGGUAUGCUCUUCUUGGGCUAUAUGAUUUGGCUGCAAAUCAUGUGAUGGAGGUCCUGGCUUGUGGUCAUCAGUCCAAGAAAACACAGGAGUUAUUCCUGAGAGACUUCCUUCAAAUUGUUCAGAAAACAGGGAAAACAUUUGAAGUAUCAAAGCUUCAAUUGCCGGAGAUCAAUAUUUCAUCUCUUAGGGUAAUUUUUGAGGAUCAUCGGACCUAUGCAUCAUCUGCAGCUGCAAGUGUCAAAGAAAGAAUAUGGGUCUCCUUAGAGGAGGAAAUGAUUCCAAAUUUGUCCACCGCCAGAACUAAUUGGUUGGAGUUACAAUCAAAGCUUAUCCCAAAGAUGUACAAAGAGUCAAAUGUUUGUGUUGCAGGAGAAGCUGUCAGGGUUGAUAUUGAAUUAAAAAAUCCGUUGCAAAUCCCCCUCCCUUUGUCUAGUGUUUCCCUAUUAUGCGAGCUUUCUGCUGUCUCUGAUGAAAUGAAAUCCGUUUGUGAUGAUGCAGAUGCAAGUAGCUCGUUAGUGGAGAUUCAGGAUGGAGAAUCUACUAGUUUAAUUCAUAGGGAUGUGAACUUUGAGAGUUCUUUAUUUUCUUUGUCUGAUGUGGACUUUUCAUUAGCAGGAGGUGAAACAAUUGUGGUGCAACUAACGGUUACUCCUAGAGUAGAAGGCAUUUUACAGAUUGUUGGUGUAAAGUGGAAAUUGUCAGGCUCUGUUGUUGGCUUCCAUAAAUUUGACACUAACCCCAUGAAGAAGAUAAGCAGAAACCGAAUACAGAAGGCGAAGCAUCCUCAUUGUGAUAAUUUAAAGUUUGUAGUUGUUAAGAGUGUACCAAAGCUUGAGGGUGUCAUUCAUCCACUACCUAAAAGGGCAUAUACAGGAGAUUUACGGCAUCUUGUGUUGGAGUUGAAGAACAAAUCUGAAUUUGCUGUGAAGAAUUUGAAAAUGAAGAUUAGUCAUCCUAGAUUCUUGAAUCUUGGAAAGCGAGACAGUUUGAACUUGGAGUUUCCUGCUUGCUUAGAAAAGAAAAGUUCUGAUCAGUCUGCUGAACAUGCUAACCUUAAUGAUGUUUCUCAUGCCCUGUUUCUAUUUCCUGAGGACACUAUUAUUCAUGGGGAAACACCAUUAUUGUGGCCUCUUUGGUUUCGGGCAGCUGUUCCUGGGAACAUUUCCUUGUACAUAACAAUAUAUUAUGAGAUGAGUGAUAUUUCAAGCACCAUGAGAUUUCGCACUUUACGCAUGCAUUACAAUUUGCAGGUAUUGCCGUCAUUGGACGUGUCAUUCCUUAUCAGUCCUUGUCCAUCAAGAUUGCAAGAGUUUCUUGUGCGCAUGGAUGUUGUCAACAAGACAAGCUCUGAAAGUUUCCAAAUUCAUCAGUUGUCAUCUGUUGGGAACCAAUGGGAAAUCUCACUACUUCAACCAGUUGAUGCCAUCUUUCCUUCACAAUCUUUAACACCUCAUCAAGCAUUGUCAUGCUUCUUCAGGCUCAAGAGUCGUGGCAAGUCAUCAACUUCUGAAGACGAGAAAUCUUCCCAUCCCCGACUUCAGGGAACUCAUUUGAGAUUGGGUACUCAGGGCAAUAAUGGACCACGUUUUGAUAUAGCUAGCUCUACUCUGGCAGAUUUCCACCUCUCUGAAAGACUGUACCAGGAAGUUUUAAAUAAGGGAGACACGAAUCCGGUUGACUUCAUAUUGAUUUCCCGGCCUCUGAAGAAUGACAUUAAUCCUGAGGUUUCUGAGCCACCGCGUCUUUUUUCUCAUCAUGCAUGUCACUGCAGUACUGCGACCACAAGUCCUAUAUCAUGGCUAGUGGACGGACCUCGAACCUUAUACCAUAACUUCUCUGCUUCUUUUUGUGAAAUAAAUCUUAGCAUGACUAUAUGCAACACAUGGGAUGUAGUUGCAUCUGUACGCAUAAACACCUCGGACUCCAGUACUAGUGAUCAUUUAAGUGAUGCAACUCCAGUUCAACCUGCCACGUCUUCUGGCGACCAAGAUGGAUGGCAUGACCUCUCACCAGUGACUGACAUCAAAGUGACUUCCGAUGUCCUUGGAUCCCGGGCCAGUAAGUCAAUUCCCAUGGAGAGCGUCUCCCCAUUUAUUUGGUCCGGGUCAAGCUGUACUAGAGUCCAUCUUGAUCCCAUGUCAAGAACUGAAAUUCCUCUUCAAGUUUGUGUAUUCUCUCCCGGGACAUAUGAUCUGUCGAGCUAUGUUUUGCAUUGGAAUCUUUUACUUUCUAAUGAUCAAGAAAAUCGGGAUAGGUCGUCUUCUGGGACGUGCCAGGGAUAUCCGUAUUACCUUACUGUACUCCAGUCGGAUUAAUUAUUUCCUUUCAUUUCUACGUCCUCCAUAACGACGAGUGUACUGUGUUUUGUAUCUUUGGCCCGUAAAUUAUUAUACGAUCGCGAUGUAUCUCUUGUAUUUUCAUUUUUGUUUUUGUGUUAGCACAGUAGGAAUUAUGAAAGGGUUAGGAGAUUUACAAAGAUGAUAUCAAAUUGUUUUUUGCUCUCUGAAUAAUAAGAGCAGUUAAUUUUUAGGGGUGUAUUCAGAAAUUAAUAUACAUGAAUGAUUGUUCA